GAUAUAUGACGUUUGAAUGUCUUAGCUGCACAGCCUCAAGAGCUUGUAUUCUAUAAAUUGGGUGUGUCACCCAUGCAUCUAGUACAAAGCACACCCUACCUUCGCUCAUCUUUCGCACAAUGCAGGCAACAACCUCAACGGCGACAAAACCCGCCCCACCUAAAUCAUACAAUUUCAGCCUAGAGAAUAUGAAAAAUACAAAGAUAUUCAAUAACCAACCGGCUUCUCCAUUAUACUCGGUGGUCACCGACACAAAGUCAGACAAGCGGACUGACAUCUUUGAUGCUCGUGGCAAUCAUCUCUUGGCUCGGAUCGACAGGAGAGAUAUCCUGCCAGACACCAUCACGUUUCCUAAUAGAAAUGGUGGCUCUUCAAUAAACCUUAGUAAAUGGCUGCAGAAAAGCAAGCUUGAGAAUGGACAUCAUAUCCACUCCAUCGAGACUGCACAUGGAACCUGUGUUUGGAAGUCGGACGCUGAUUACCGGCUUGCUUUAUAUCGGAAGGGUGACAUGUCCAACCCUAUUGCGCACCUCCAACAGGGAACACGAACUCAAAACUUCGCGGUGAUCAUGCAGGGAGAAGCGGAGCUUAUUCGUGACGACGUCAUCAUAUCCUUCUUGAUUCUUGAACAACGGCUAAGAAUAUCUGAAAAGAACAUCGUUGUCGGCGGGGGCAAGUUCGAGCAAAAUCGAACGGUAUUGGGAUAUCACGUUAAUACACCGUGAUUCCCUGGAUGUGGAUCCACGUCAGGGGUUUGAGAUGCAGAGCGCUUGGUUUGGAAAGCCAUAGAUGUUCUUGAGGUAACGUGAACUGGUCCGCCAGCUAAAAGGGGGUACCAUUCUUUGGGAUUGUA